AUGGACUUGGACUUUGGACGGCGGGGGCGGGGCAGCGCGGCGGGUCUUGCCGAGCUGACGGAUCGCUGGACUUCGGAAGUUAUAGCGGGUCCGACGGAAGCACCAGCCGGAGUCGGGAACAAGCACACCAGCACCGUUACGAACGGGACGUACAGCAGGCGAAUUGAGAUUCCAGGGCGGCUAGGCGCUACUGCGCUUCGGUCUCGGUGCGCAUCGCCGUCCCCUCGAAAGCAUUCGGGGCUCUUCGUCAAAUCGAUCACCAUUUCCGAGCAGUUUCCAAAAGGCCCAGCGCCAGCAGCGCUUGCCGUGACUGCAUCUGAGGCGGAGUCAAAAGUGACGGGAGACGCAGUCAAGGUGAACGGAAGACGGACAUGGUUUGUCCUAUACCAACAACCAUUGAUACUACGCCCAAGUAUACAAACGUCGGUGCGAGCACUUCGUAGCAAAACGCCUUGCCAUCUCUGCGUUGCCAAUGUCAUGGCCGUGGCGCCGCGCUAA